CAGGCAGGCAGGCAAACAAAGUGGCUCCCAAAGCAGGAAGCAGGGACACAACCUUGGAAGGAGAGAAACGCGGAGGACUGUUUUCUCUACGGGGAAAAAGAUCACAAAUAUCUUUCAGACUGACAGAUUGUAAUUACGCAGACAGUGUUUGAACUCAUGCGUCAAUCCGGCUGGUCGGGAAGCAGUUUAGUGCGUGAAUCAGGUGUUCAGUUGAAACCCCCCCGGAUUGUUUGGAGUGAAAGUAUUCAUUGAUUAAGCUGAUGCAUUGUGUCAGAGCACAAAGCCCCCGUCUGCCUCAUCCAGAGCGCCCGCCCAUCGGGCUUUCUGCGGAGCGAUAGUGGGAGAUUGAUUAUAGUCUCCGGGAUUUUCCGUGGAGUAAGCCAGAGCCUGCUUGGACUGUGAUUUGCUCUCCCAUCAGUGAAGAGGAGGGAAAUAUUAGCAAACAUCAAGGACUUUCACUCUUGACUGAACAUUUCCAGAUCCCCCCUUGCACCUAGAUUUCCAAAUUACGCGCAGGUCACGCUGGACUUCGCUUUUUUUUCUUCCUCUUCCACAGAGCGGGGCUGUGUUGGUGUGAAUCGCCUCCGCAGUCUUGGAUGCGUAGUAAACGGGGGAGUGGGUUGGGUCGCCCAGGCGCCUGGCAAUACAUACGCACACGUCGGCAGCGAUAAAAGCAGAUAGGUGAGGGUGGAAGAGAAACACCGGGGAGGGGGAGUCGGACACUAGGAAGCCGCGGGACUCACCGGCUGUGGAUUUGACUCUUAAAGACUCCCUGCGUUUACCGCCUGGGAUUCAUACACCACCUUUCUAUCUAUACAGGACCAGUCGCUUUUAACACAUUGUCUGUUCCCCGACCACGACCCGAACAUCGCCUCCUCAUCUGAGGGGAAUAUUGGAAGUGAAUCUGCAGAGCGACACUCACACAAUGGCAACCGGUGCGCUCCUUCUCGCCUGCGCGCUGCUCGGUGUUGCUGUGGCUCAGAGGGUUGUGACCGUACAAAGUGGACCGCUGAUUCGGACUGAAGGCUCUCAUGUGACCAUCUGGUGCAACGUCUCGGGCUAUAAGGAGGGCGUGGAGCAGGACUUUGAAUGGUCCAUGUACCUGCCGUCGGUGCCGGACCGGGAGAUCCGCAUUGUGAGCACGGCUCAGCCCAACUACGCCUACGCCGUGUACGCUCAGCGGGUGAACAGUAAAGAGAUCAACGUGGAGCGGCUGAGCGGAGACUCUGCCGUGCUCCACAUCACCAAAGUGCAGGCCAAGGACCAGGGACUGUUCGAGUGCUACACACCCAACACUGAUGGACGAUACCUGGGAUCCUACAGCGCACGCACCAACCUCACAGUCAUCGCUGAUUCUCUGACGGUGACGGCUCCAGCCCAGACUCUGUCCAAAGUGGAGGGCGACACGCUCCAGCUGACCUGCGAGGUGUCCCGCACCACGCUGCAGCACACUCACUUAUCCGUGGGCUGGUACCUGCGCUCCCCAGAGGACGCCGCCGCCCCGCCUCAGGAGCUGGUCACCUUGUCGAGGGACUUCGUCCUGCGCUCGGGCGGACUGUACCGGCAGAGGAUGGCGGCGGGGGACCUGAGGCUGGAUAAAACCAGCGCUACGAGCUACAGGCUAACCAUCCACAAGCUGCAGCCCGUGGACCAGGGCCUGCUCUACUGCCAGGCCGCCGAGUGGAUCCAAGACCCGGAUGGAAGCUGGUUCGCGAUGACGCGCAAGCAGAGUGACAAGACUCAGCUGCGGAUUCAGCCCACAGAUCGAGAUUUCAGCAUCCAGGUGAGCACGGAGCGACGGUCCUUCACGGCCGGUGAGCCGCUGGAGCUCCGCUGCACCAUCGAGGCCCAGAACGUCCCGGAGCGCUUCUUCUCGGUGUCGUGGGUCUUCAGCAGCUCACCGGUGGCCGUGGUGGGCCCCAGUGCCGUGCCGGUCCUGGGCCCGGAGUACGUCGCCCGGGAGGCCGCCGGUCACCUGACGGUGCGCAAAGAGAGCGCCAACGUCCACCUGCUCAAGCUGCAGCACCUCCACCCCGACGACGCCGGGAAGUACAUCUGCCGCGUGACGGAGCGGGAGAGGACGCCCACGGGAGACUUCAUCGACCGCAGCAAGAGGUCCAGAAACGUCCAGAUCACAGUGCAGCCGCUCAAGAGCAACAUCACCGUGUCUCUGUCUGCUAACUCCUCCGAGGUCCUGGAGGGCGACGUCAUCCAGCUGACCUGCUCGAUCCAGACCGCUUCAGGCCCCCUCUCCGUCUCCUGGCAGUGGACGGACAAGCAGGGGACGGGACCCCCUCAGGAGGUGGCCUCUGUGGACCGGGACGGCACGGUGUGGCACAGUCCCGUCUACAGAGAGCGCUCCAGCUACGGCGAGAUCCGCGUGGAGAAGGUGGGGGCCGACACGUUCACCCUGUCCGUCUACAACGCCCUACCCGGGGACGAGGGACAGUACGGCUGCACGGCCACCGAGUGGAUUCAGGCUGGAACUGAACCAGAACUCAACUGGCAGAAGAUCGGAGAGAAGUCAGCCACCAUGACGGUCAGCGUGAAGACAGUCGAGUCCUCCUUCAUGGUUUCUGCUGUCUCCAGGACGCCGUCGGUCACCUUCGGCGACUCCUUCGACCUCCUGUGUCUGGUCAAGCCUCGCCACAACCCCCGCGUGCCGACCUCCGUCACCUGGCGCUUCAUGCCGGCCGGCGAGGGAUCGGACAAGGAGGAGGAGGAGGAGGAUCAGGGGGAGUUCAAAGACCUGGUGACGUUCACCCGGGAGGGCACGCUGCAGUGGGGGGAGCAGCUGCUGGGGCUGGGCACGCGCACCACCGUCGACCGCUCGCACGCCAACACCAACUUCCGCCUGUCGGUGACCCGGGCGGGGCGCCGCGAGGCCGGCAAGUACCAGUGCACCGCCGUGCUCUGGAGGAGGAAUUACGACAACAGCUGGAGCAGAGUGGCCAACCGCACCUCCAACCUGCUCGGCAUCAGCGUCCUACAGCCAGAGAGCAAGCUGCGCGUGCAAAAGACCAACCAAUCCCUGUCGUACCUGGAGGACAGUCGAGUGAGGAUCAACUGCUCCAUCGCCUCCCAGACCAGCCAGGACUCCCAGCAUGCCGUGCUGUGGUACGUCAGGCGGGCGACGGGGUCGGAGGCCGACGAGCUCCUGCUGAGGAUCGAGAGAUCGGGCGCGUUCGAGUACGGCGCCUACGCGGACGAGGAGAGGCUUCGGCGCAGAGUGCAGGCGGAGAGGUUGUCGCCCCGGCUCUACGUGCUGACGCUGAACCGGGCGGAGAACAGCGACUCGGGGACGUACUACUGCCUGGUGGAGGAGUGGCUGAGCGACCCAGACGGAGCCUGGUAUCGACUCUCCAGGGAGUCCUCGGGGUUCACGCAGGUGCUGGUCAGACAGCCAGAGGUUCGACUGCAGGUGGAAGAACUGGAGGCAAAUGUGACCGUGGAAGAGUCCAGCUCCAUCCGGCUGGGCUGCAGCAUUCCUUCUCAGUCGUCCCGGGACUCCCGCUUCUCUGUGUCCUGGUACGUGGAGCGCUCCGAUGACGACGAUGACGAGGACGACGUGGACCAGCCGAGCGAUGAAGAAAGAGGGCGAGAGUGCGUCUUCUCCAUCGGACAUGACGCAGUGUUCGGCAAUGGGAACUGCAGCCCCAGGGAGGAGGCGGGGCCAAAUUCUCGGCUGCAGUUUGAGAGGAUGACCUCGGACCAGUACAGCCUGACCAUUCAGGGGGCGCGGCCGACAGACGCCGGUCGCUACUACUGCCAUGUGGAGGAGUGGCUGCUUAACCCCCGCAACGCAUGGUACCGCCUGGCCACCAACAACUCCGGGUUCACCAUCGUAAAUGUACUGCAACAAGUGUCCACUCUCAAGUCGGUCGUCUGCUCCACCGACGCCCUCUUCUACUUCGUCUUCUUCUACCCCUUCCCCAUCUUCGGCGCCCUCCUCAUCGCCCUGCUGUUCGUGCGCUACAAGAGCCGCAGCAACAGCAAGAGUCAAGAGGGCAAGAACGGCGCCCCCCUCCUGUGGAUUAAAGAACCUCACCUCAGUUACUCCCCCACCUGUCUGGACCCUCCCGCGCUCAGCCUGCACCCCGGGUCCGUCGACUAAAAAGCCGGGGCCCGCCUAUUGCCUUGCGUACGUCGCAGAUGCAAACACAAUGCCAGGGAGCGGAUGUGGACUCCACCUUCAGACUUCAAACUGUCAUUCACUGCUGUGUUAGUCGAUCAGUUUAAAAAAUCCUACCCUGGUGGCUGAUUGUUUAUGUUAAUAACUGUGUGUGUGUGUGUGUGUGUGUGUGUGUGUGUGUGUGUGUGUGUGUGUGUGUGUGUGUGUGUGUGUGUGUGUGUGUGUGUGUGUGUGUGUGUGUGUGUGUGUGUGUGUGUGUGUGUGUGUGUGUGUGUGUGUGUGUGUGUGUGUGUGUGUGUGUGUGUGUGUGUGUGUGUGUCAGGGUAUGGAUGAGUGUGUGUUUGAACUAGAUCUUGUGCGCCAUGUUAACAAGGUUAAUUGUGCGAGUACAUCUUGAGGGGGGGGGGCGGGAUAUUAUCAUGAGCCUCUCUCUCUUUUGUUUUCUGUUGAACUCUUAGCUGCAUUUGUUUUUUUUUAUUACUCUGAAUAUUUGUCUAUUUUUCAAAGAGAUACAAAAAAAAACUGCGCACAUGAGAUCAUCGGCCGAUGCGGGAAAACAACAUUUAAGAGAAGGAACUCUAUAAUCGACUCCGGCGUCUGAGUGGAAGCCCAAAAAAAAAAACUCUCCGCACUGAUCCAAGAGCAGCCACAGCCUGGCCCCACUAUGUUGGUUGCCAUGGUGAUUCUCUUGCGCCCACUGACUCGGUAGCUGGUUGCUUUGGUUGCCAGCCUGCAUAGAGACAAAGGCAAGGACACACAAGUCUGUGUCCUAAAGUGAGGGUGUGUGUGUGUGUGUGUGUGUGUGUGUGUGUGUGUGUGUGUGUGUGUGUGUGUGUGUGUGUGUGUGUGUGUGUGUGUGUGUGUGUGUGUGUGUGUGUGUGUGUGUGUGUGUGUGUGUGUGUGUGUGUGUGUGUGUGUGUGUGUGUGUGUGUGUGUGUGUGUGUCUGUGUGUGUCUGUGUGUGUGUGUGUGUGUGUGUGUGUGUUGGCCCACCUGCCUCCACAAUGAAUUUGCCUUGGCAGACAGAAACAGGUCCUCGUGUGCCACUUAAACACUGCCAGACACUCUGGCCUUAGCGAGAGACCGUUCCGCCCCUCCUCUUCGACCCUCCUCGUUUCUGAAAAGGAGACAAGCGAGGAGAGGAAGAGGGGGAAGAAACGUCCCCGAUGAUGGAGGAUAAAUGAACAGUGCUCUCCUGCCGAAGUUACUCGUACUUUCACAUGAGGGAAUUUUCCUUUUUCUUUUCUUUUUUCCGGUGCCAAGAUUUUUUCCACACUGUUCUCUGCAGCUACUGUUUGAAGUGUUUGAAGAGACGAGGGAAGCUGAUUGGUUCGGAGGCAGAUUGUAAAUAUGUCUGCUUACCUCCUGCUGUGGUUUUUAUCGGCCUUUUGGGCCGAGAGGGCAAUUUCACAUGCAGUCAUGUUGAAUCAGUCGGAUUGCCCUGCUUAAAUAACGCAGUGGGGGGUUGUUGACUGAAAUUAAAUUCUUGCACAUAUCUUUAAGUUUGCCCAGUAUGACCACUCCGUCCUGUCUUUAGACGAUAUCAGAGAUGCACAUUAGUUUAAAGAAAGACAUUUUAUUUGUUAAAGGCCCCCACUGAGGAUCAUAAGUGUGUAGAUGUGCUUCAGAAAUGUAACCUGCACAUUUUUAAGAAAACCAGAUUUAAUGAGUGUGGGCAUAUGUUUUUGACUUUUGUCUUUAUUUUAAAGAUUUUUCUAUUUAUUGUUUUAUACUACUUUGCAUAGCUUUGUAAGAUUUUUUCUUUUGCUUUGAAAAUUCUCUAAGAAGAAGUGUUGCUGCUUGUGUUGCCAGGCAACUGCACCCGAGCAAGAUUAUGUCAAUAUCCUGUGUGUUGGCAAUGUGGUAGAUGUAGAAAUGCUAGAUUUGUCCUGCGCGUUGCAGCCUGUAGCAUUUCAUCACCAGAUUGGUCGGUGUCAAAACACUGUUUUCUCUUCACCUAUAAAAGACUGUGGCUUUACUUGUACAAUAGUUGAACAGACGAGUCACAAAAAAUCAAUUCACUUAAUGCUUUUUUCUGCUUAAGUCGCUUUUAUUUAUGGAAAUUUGAUGUAACACCUAAAGUAGGAUGUUUGCUCAAAGCGGGCCCGAGGCUGAACUGUUAGAAACAUCUUUGUUGUCAUGGAUUCUGGCUGAAGGCCUCGUCCUCCGCCCCCCCCCUGACGCAUGGCAGACGGGUUGAACAUGUGUAUCACCAGAGGUGUGACAUCAUCGACCUGACCUGGGGCCUAACCCUUUCACUGCCAAGACUGAACAUGAGAACUCUUGAAAAAACUCGACAUCGUUGUCUCAAUCGUGUCAACAUGUAUAUUGCAUGACAAUACCGCAGGAGGACUUUUGAUGUUUUGUAAAAACUUUGAACUCUUUGAGCAUUGUGUUUGUGUGACAGAGCAGUGCCCAAAAACACACACAUGACUUCCUGAGCCAAGAGUCAAAACAAAACCCCCCCACCACCCACACCCCCCUAUUUCCAUCAACAAUAUUUAACUAACACCACCAGACCCUCUGUGAGCCUGUGAAGUAAUCUAUUUCAAGAAUGGGUGUUGUGGAGAUUGUGUUUGAUAUUAAUGCUCAUAUAUGUCUUUUUAAAUGUUUUGCUUUUAUGCAACACUUCAUUAAACAGAUUUAUGUCAAAAAGACAAACAUACGUACCUGAUGCUGACACAAGAUUUGAUGAGAUUUUGACUUCUUUCGCUGUUUUUUUUUUCUGGUUCAUUUCAUGUUCACCACACUCUUCUAGUUUGGAGUAAGGAAGGUGCUGUGAAGUCCCACCGGACGACUCGUUAUAAAAAAAAAAGUGUUUUCACAUGAGUUAUAUGAAAUGGAAAAUGUUCUUAUGCAGAGACUUUUGGUACUGUUGUGUAAUACAAAUACUGAAUAUUGCAAGCUAACGAGGAGUGAAUUAUGUAACAUGGCAAUAAUCACUGUCUUAGUCUUAGAAAUAAUCUGUGUGAGAGAAACUGCUCGUACAAUUGGAAAAUGUUUUUAUCCAUAGAACUACCUGUAAGUAAAAAAAAUAGCUUUUCAUGCAGGUACAUGCUACAACUAGCAAAUAGCACGUGUGAGGUAUGAUAUGAGAAAGAUUACAUAAUUGUGAAGCGUGUGAAUGAAAUUAAUUUGUAGAUGAUGUGUGAUCUCACACAGCGAUGGCAGCCAUGUUGAGACCUUGUGGGGAUGAAAUGUUGCCUCAUUAUAUUGCAAUAUUCAGUGUUUGCACUGCCUUCCCUUUCCCAUUAUAAACAGUCUUUAGCCUGCUGUUGCUAUUUGGUGUGAUGCUAGUGCAAGUCAGAGGUGUUUAUACAUCAAAACUGCAGGAAGAAAAAACCCUUCUGUGUGUUUUUAGGCUGGAGUAACACAAAGAAUAAUUGAUGGAGCUGUCUGAAAGAUGUUACAUGAUUCAUAAGUAAUGCUUCUAAAUAUUUUUCACUAACAAUUCAACGGACGAAUAUCGUCAUGCCUAGCUCAUUAUAAUUUUUUUCAUAAGCGAGAAAGCCUGCAGGAGUUUGUUUGGUGCUUCUAUUGCCUUUUUCUUCAGUCUUGAACAUUCCCAGGGCUGCAGGUUGUGAAGACGGUGCCACUGAACAGCUGCUCCUGCUUCAGCCUCGGUGUGUUAAAUCGCUUUAUCUUGGUUUUAAUUCCUGUAAAAAAUGCAUUUCAUCUCUCCAGACUCGAGCCAGGAAGUGCAGGCCAUUGCCGUGGUGUGGUUGACGUCGCAGCUCUGCCGUCAUCAUCGGAGCUGUAUGGUCAAACAUCGAUGAUGUUUGGGUUUUUCUUUUGUUGAAAUAAUGAUAUUUUUACCAAACCCUGGCUGCCUCCCAAGAUUCCUCCAGACGCUCUGACAGUAUUGUAGCUGGUUUUUUGAGGGCUGCAUGUUUUGGGCUGUGUGCUGGCACCAGAUUUAGGUGUAAAAUAGUUUGUGGUGAUAUUUUCAGUUCAGCCAGUGACGCUUUAUUUUCAGUGAUGUAUUUUUAUAUGACCAUGUUUUUGUUUUGUUUUACUUAAUUUAACUUUCCUUUGUUACUUUAUGAAAUAGUUGCCCAUCGUGACCGUUAAAAAGGCACUUUGCUAUUGUCAGUUUACUGCAAUAAACUACUUUCAGUGCA